AUGGAGGAAUCAGACUCGUUUGCCAAAGAAUUCGACUCCCGGAUCCCGUCCAACAAAGCCAAACCUGCACUUAGUGACGCAUACCAGCACAGCGGAGCGGAUGCAAAGCACCCCAAGCGGCCAUCAAGGGAAGAACUAAGCGAGGACGACCGGCAUAAGAUCGAAGAAAAAGAGGAGGAAGUCGAACGACAUAACCGGGAUAUGGAGGGGAGACAUGGCCGGGCAUCUAGCCAGAUCACACAGGAAGGAGAGCUUGAAACGCUGGAUGAGAUGGAAGAGGUAAGGUUCAAGGGCGAGGAUUAG